UCCUGACUUCCGCUUGAACACCUACGUUCGCGCCGUUAGUUUGCGCGUCCUGCCGUCCACGUGGAGCGGAGCUGAGUAAAAUUAGAGGACAUUUAUUUUGGAAAGUUGACAAAACUCUAAAUAAUCCAUAUUACCAUGACUGCAGACAUGACAAAUGACUCAUGGGCACUAGCUGUCGACGAACAAGAGGCAUCCAAGUCUAUCGGAAAGUUACAGUUGAUUGAGGCAGGUGAUGCACCAAAAUCUCUGUUAAAUGAUAGACCAAGACGUUUAGACGAUGGUGACAAAUCAGAUGAAGAGGAAAGAGAGGACAAAGCUGUGCAGUCACUCCUCAACAAGCUGAUCCGAAGCAAUUUGGUCAACAACACAAACCAAGUGGAGGUUCUACAGAGAGACCCCAAUUCCCCACUGUAUUCAGUCAAGACCUUUGAGGAGCUCAGACUGAAACCGCAACUACUCAAAGGUGUGUAUGAAAUUGGCUUCAACCGACCUUCAAAAAUCCAGGAGAAUGCGCUUCCCAUGAUGCUUGCAGAACCACCUCAGAAUCUGAUCGCUCAGUCUCAGUCUGGCACUGGUAAAACAGCCGCCUUUGUGCUUGCCAUGCUCAGCCAAGUGGACCCAGCAUUUAAAUGGGCUCAGUGUCUGUGUAUUUCUCCCACAUAUGAGCUUGCUCUGCAAACAGGCAAAGUCAUCGAGCAGAUGGGAAAGUUUUAUUCAGAAGUCAAACUGGCAUAUGCUGUUAGAGGACAUAGAAGGGACCGCAGCUGUAAAAUCAAGGAACAAAUUGUCAUCGGGACACCUGGAACGGUUCUAGACUGGUGCACUAAACUAAAGCUCAUCGACCCCAAAAAGAUCAAAGUUUUCGUUCUGGACGAGGCUGAUGUCAUGAUCGCCACACAGGGACAUCAGGAUCAAAGCAUCCGCAUUCAGAGAAUGCUGUCCAAAGGCUGUCAGAUGUUACUUUUCUCUGCUACUUUUGAGGACUCUGUGUGGAAUUUUGCCGAGCGGGUCAUUCCAGACCCCAACAUCAUCAAGCUGAGACGAGAAGAGGAGACUCUGGACAAUAUCAAGCAAUACUACGUGCUUUGCAAAAGCAAAGAAGACAAAUUUAAUUCGCUCUGUAAUGUUUAUGGAGCCAUUACUAUUGCUCAAGCAAUGAUCUUCUGUCGUACUCGGAAAACGGCAAACUGGCUUGCAGGGCAGAUGUCAGAAGAGGGCCACCAGGUGGGGCUGCUCAGUGGAGAAAUGACUGUCGAACAAAGAGCUGCAGUUAUCGAACGGUUCAAAGUUGGAAAGGAGAAGGUUCUCAUCACUACUAAUGUCUGUGCAAGAGGUAUUGAUGUCGAACAAGUCUCUGUGGUGAUCAACUUUGACCCGCCUGUGGAUAAGGACGGCUACCCAGACAACGAGACGUACCUCCACAGGAUCGGUAGAACAGGACGAUUUGGCAAGAGAGGACUUGCCAUCAACAUGGUGGACAGCCAGAAGAGCAUGGAGAUCCUCAGGAAAAUUGAGAAGCAUUUUAAUAAGAAAAUAAUGAGGCUGGACACGGAUGAUCUCGAUGAAAUUGAAAAAAUCGCCAGCUGAAGAAAAACACAUCAUGUCACAUCAUCAGAAUCAGUUCGGGUGUUCAUUCAACAAGAUUUCUGAUGUUUACAUACAUUUCAGAUCUACGUUUAGUUUUACAUUAUACCUCACAAAGCUUUAUGCCACAUGUUUUGAUUCUGAAUUUAUAGUUUCUAAGGGUUUAAAACCCUGUUAAAAACGUUUGCGUUUGUCAAUCUCUUGGUUGAAAGGUAAGAAACCUUUGGAGUACAAAUUCCUACAUUUAUUACAUUGUUUUUCUUGGAGACAACUUCAUUGAGCUCUUGUUUGUUAGCCACUUGAAUUUGAGGCUAAAUUAAUUCUUGAAUAAAUUUCAGUGAGUCUGCAAAUUGACACCCAAUUAUAAUUGACAAAAUGUCAAUAAUGGCUUGAACCACUACCAUUCCUCAAGUGCACUUUAAGAAUUAAAGACGUUCUCUAGAAAUAUUUAGUGUGCAAAAUACGAUAGAAUAUUAUCCAAAUAUUUAAAUAAAACAACACUGUUGUUAUUUAGAGCUUUAGAGUAGUUUUGAACAAGGUUUCUCUCUUGCAUUGUUUUGAGGUUUAAAGAAAAUGUUUUAGUUGACCGGUCAAGGUCUUCGAACUUUGGCUAGUAUGUUCUGUUGUGUUGCAGGAAUGGAGCAUCUUUAAAAACAAUGAAGACUUAAUGCAGCAUUAUUGUUAGAAAUGGCUGCACUAGUAUUUGCUAAAAAAAUUGUUUUUUUUGUUGUGCUGUUUACGUUUUGCUGGUUAAAUCAAUGCACUUUUGGUUGAUUUAGAGUUUAUUGGUUGAGAAUGAAAGGCUAGCAUGUUUCUUUAAAAGCGUUCAUUUGCAGCAUUUCACUUCGUUUCUUACAUAUUAGUUGCAUUUAUGCUUUUAAUUGUUUUGUCAUAACUAUUCUUAUAAUUAAAACAACUGCCAUUUGGCGAAUUUA